AUGGAUCUCAAAAACCUUCUUUGCCCUUUGACAGCUUCCCAUCCUUCCGAUGCAACAUCCAUUGUUACCAACCACGCCGCCAAUGAGUGUGUAAAAACUCCACACAUGGAUAACCAUCAUCCCCAAAAUAUCCGCCAACAAUGGUCAACAAUGUCUACAGCAUCCUCUGAAGAAAGCAGCUCACCCGACAUGUCCAUUUGUUAUAAUGCAUCACCCUCUUUGACACCUGCAUCAUCGCCACCUAGUUCACCUUACUCGUUGCCAUCACUCAUGAUCCAUCCUCCCGAACAGCAACAACCUAUCGCAGCAGCAGCACCACCACCACCACCUCGUAAUCGUUCAGGACCACAAACACGCACACCAUGGACACAGGAGGAAGAUUACCUUUUACAACGAGGAUACAGUCAAGGCCUUUCAUGGGCCAUGAUCUCGUCAACCUAUCUUCCACAUCGUUCUCGUGGAUGUUGUUGGGGUCGUUUCAAGACGCUACAAACCAAGACCAUGGAACAUCGAGAAUGGUCAAGCACCGAAGAUCAAAUGCUAGCUAUGGCCAUGAAAAAGCAUUCAAAGUUGUUUAAACAAGCUUGGAAAGCAGUAGCGAAUGAAAUCCCCAAUCGUUCGUGGCGUGAAUGUGAUUCUCGCUUCCACAAGGUGGCUGCAGGCAACAUGGUUCGAAAACGCCAACCUGGUCAGCACCAUCAACAACAUUAA